ACAUAUUGAAGCACAAUGGCUCGCGACGACCAUCAAGAUAUGAGGACUUCAUUGAUUUACUGCAACAGAAUCGCCCGACUGGUCGGACAAAAGAUGACGAUGAGAAGAAGAAAAGUUAUCGCAAUAGGGCUUCGCAAGAACGCCUGACUAUAUUGACCGACGGAUUCACUGAUGAGCAAAAGGGAGCUGCCGGUGAGAUGGGGAUGCAGGCUUUGAUGGAUGUUCGGUGCAAGAACCUAGUGAACCCUGUAUGCGACUGGCUCAGUGAGAUUUAUGAUCCUGCCUCCAGGGAAUUUGUGAUUCCAGGACGUGGAAGACUGCCUUUGUAUGAGGAAUCCGUGUUCUGCACUUUGGGUGUGCCCCGUGGAGAAAUCAAAGUCCCGUAUGAGGUGAAUAAUAAGAUCGAGGAAGCCUUAUUCGCCCGUUUGUUUCCUGGGAUGGCAUCCAUGCCGAAUACGACUAUGCUGGCAACUUUGCUGGAGGGCAUGAAAACCCAUGGCGAGAUUUUUAAGAUGAAGCUCCUCAUGUACAUGAUCUCAACUGUUUUUGUGCCUGCCACAUCUCUUCGCCCAAGCAACAAGUGCUUCCCCAUCCUGGCGAAGCUGAAAGAUGUGAAGAAAAUAAAUUGGUGUAAAUUCAUCGCUGACUUCCUGCAUGAUGCAUUCUCAAACAAGAUGUACCAGAAGGGUUGUCGCUUGCACUUAAUGCUCAUGUAUGUCGAUUGUCUUGAUCUGUCCACCAUUGACUUUACUGGGAUAGGAGGCCCGCCGCCUCCACAGAAGUUUGCUGUCUCUGCGUGGACGUAUAAUGCUAUCAAGGUUGUGCUUGCCGCAGACAAGAUAACUGAUACGAAAUAUGGGAAACUGCAGUUGAUGGCCAAGCAUGCUAUAGACUACAGUGUGUUUGAUGGGCCUCAAAACUUUGGCAAGUGGAUGGAUGUGCAUUCAGCUCCAUCUUGUCCUGUUAAGGCGAGGGCACCAGUUGAGCAUCUAGUUGGGCGGUUUGCUUCCGGCAUGACCAACUUGCUCGGGAAGUUGGUUGAGGGUUGGACGACACUUAAUGGCUCUGACAGCGAAGCGGUUGCGAGGCAGUUCACACCAUUUGUUGGAGAACGAACACAUCGGCCAACUGGUUGCCAUGACCGGUACGACUACAACAGCUCCCAGGAGCUCCCUGACACGCAAGAUGAACUAGAUGGAGAUGAUGGUCUCGACAAGGGCGAUGAUGACGACAUGGAGAAUGUGAAACAUGAAACCGAUGACGAUGAACAUGUUGAAGUUCGUGUAGGUGGUAAGAAGGACAAGGCUGCACCAGAUGUCCCCCCACCGGAGAAAGUCAUUGAAUAGACAGUUGCGAGAGACAAGGGGGUGUCGCCCUCAAAGAGGGGCAGGGUUCCAGAGGAUGUUGGACAGGGCUCUGUUGGCAAGAGGUCUAGGACCGAUCCCAUAGUUGCUAGGAGGAGGUUCGACAUCUAUUUAGUGUUUUGUUUGUCUCUUCUUUUUAACAGACCGACCCUCUUUUCAUUGUUUGCUAAGCGCGGCAUGAUUUUUGUGUCUCACACUUUGUACCCCUUUUUGCCAUUUUUUCCACUACAGCGAGGCGACAGCUGGUGGACGAGUAGUUAACAAGAAACAAGCACCAACGCCAACCCGUGUUUCUGCUCGAUUGAACAAGGGUGCUCCCACUGCUGGUGACACCACUUCCACUAGGUCGUCUCCUCGUACAUUGACGUCCAACACCGGGGAUCCUGUCGUGUUGGAAGACUUGAGGAAGACAAUCAAGAAGGUGAAGAAGACUACUACACGCGUGACCAAGCAGAACCCUAGAGACCCACUCGAACGCAUUCAUUCAAAGCUGUCGACAAGUGGCAACUCAAAUGUUCAUGAGGCGCUAGUCGAGAAAACUGUUGCUGCACCGUCCACUGUUCCCACUAGCUCUGAUGCAAGCGGUCGACCAUCUCCACGCGGUUGCAGAUGUGCAGGCUACAACAACAGGCAUCUGUACAUCUGGGAGUGAUGAGUCAGUAUCUGCCAGGACUGCUGAGAUAUUGCCCACUCUGCUAGCAAUGAGGGAUGCUGCUGUGACCCAUGCCACUCGAUAAGCAAGUGUUGAAGUGGACGCUCCCGAGAUCAACCUAAGCAAGGAAGAUCCCCGCUCAUCUGAUACGGAUUCCAAGCGCAUGGCUGCUGGUACUUAUGCGUCCACAAAAGAAGGGGCCGUGGUGACAAUUCAGAAUGAUAUGCCAUCCACAGGUGAGACUCAUGGCACAACAUCUUCAGCUUCUGGUGGUCCAGAGGUUACUACGACGACCGUUGCGCGAGCUGGUCUUCCACCUAGGCGUCGUAGCCCCCGCAAGCAACCCGUAGACAUACCCAAUGCACCAGAUGUAGCUAGGAGCAGCAGAGAUGACUCUGAUUAUGUGCCUGCUUCCACACUGUUCCCACCACCUGCCAAAAGCAAUGUUAUGGAGAAAACAGAAGUCCGGAGUACAACUGACGCACGUAGCAAGCCAGGCACGACUGACGGAGGUGAACGUCCGGAGCAGACCGCGUCUUUCACCGUCGUGGAGAACCCCAGCUUAAAUCUGCACACUUCGAAGCUCCUAGUCAACAUUGGUGUCCCGUACAACCCAAACAAGAAGAUUGGCAAGAAUGUUGUGAAUGAUACCGGUGGCAGCACGCCCCACCCUGCUAAUAAGCCUGAUGAUACUGCAACAGAUGAGGCAGC